AAACCAGCAUUUAAGGGCAAUAAUAAGACAAAUUGAAAUGAAAAGAAUAGUAAACAAAUAUUUUAACAAUAAUUUAUUUUCAUUAUAAAACGAUGAAUAUUUUUCGAAAUAUUGUGAAUGCUUUUUCUAAUCCAUUACAGAAAAUAUGUGGAACUACUCAAUUGGUUAAUAAUAUUGGAGCGCAAAGUUCUCUGAUCCCUUGUAGAACCAAAUAUACUGAUUGGCGGAUGAUUCGUGAUGUUAAAAGAAGAAAAGUGGUUAAAGAGUAUGCCAAACUACGAUUGCAGAUAAAUGCAGUUCGUUUAAAUACUAUAUUGCCAACAGAAAUAAAGGAAAUUGCUCAGAAAGAAAUUGAAGCACUUCCUACAGAUAGCUGCACUACAAAACUACAUAAACGCUGUAUCCUUACAUCUAGAGCACGUGGUAGGUACCGAAAGUUCAGAAUGUCUCGCAUCAUCUGGCGUCAUUUGGCAGAUUACAAUCAAAUUUCAGGAGCUGAGAGAGCUAUGUGGUAGAAACACAUCUGUAUCUUAAUUAGCGUUAUUAAAGACUGUUGCAAGUUUGA